ACGCACCACGGGAGUGUCCACUUGGGCCGUCGUCGUCCGCUCACUCGACACUGGGGACUCCACAGGGAGCCUUGGAGUUGGUAGGGUAGCACGGUGGUAUUUUGGCGGCGCUCUGCGCCCGGGGUGGUCGCAAAGUCCGCCGCCGUACGUAUGGACGAGCAAUUUCAAGUGCUGAGCGUGGCAGGUACCGCCUACAAAUUGCGCGAGCCAAGGGUGCACAUGCGUGUCUGCGGCCGAGAGUCGAGACGUAGCCAAAACCGUCGUGCAGUCGUUCGGAAGCCAGCUGGCUCUUGCUGCUCACAUGGCCGGGCGCGGCGACAAGGUACAGCGUACGUACGCAUACCACUCGGGCGGCGAGCCCGCUACGGAUAUGGAGCCACGCAGAGGGGCAGCACGCAGGCUAAACGGGGCGCACUGUGCGCGGGAGCUCGAGAGGCACGCUUCCCAUACGGUGCGGCGCGUCCGGGCGGCUUCCUCGUCCCGUCUUGGAAGCAGCGGACCACAGCGAGCGCGCGGCCCCGACGAGCACCCGUGCCACCCAAUCGCCGCGCGUUCGAUCUUCGUGCGUCGGGCUCCUCUGGGUGCCGCCACCACGCGGCACGGACACGUGCGGCGUACCGCGAACGUCGGGCAGCGCGUGCGCGACAGCGGCGGGCCGGCGACAGCUCGGCGCCGGGGACCUGUAGCUCGCCGGCGGGUGGGCUGGCGGGUGGCUGGUGGUGUGGCCGGUGCGCACCGCGACUGGGAGGGUGGCUGAGGAGGACGAUAAGCGGGGGCCGUGUCGCGGAGGGAUCUGAGAGCGCAUCUGGCUGCGUCAGGCUAUCGCGACGGGUCGAUCACGCGGGACCCGCCCCGGGUGCACACGCGGUUCUCCUGCGCGUCGCGACGCGUCCAGGGUGAACGUUCUCCACCUCCUCCUCCCCAGCUCACCCUGUCCUCGUCGCGUGCUCCUUCGCCGCGCCGCGUCUCAGCGGUAG